AUGGCGCUGUAUAGACGCUUAUCGCCCACCGGCAGAAGUGAGACUUUAGAUGGCUCCAGCGACGAGAAUGUUCGGGCAUCAAAAACGACGCGGCGACUGCUGACCGCCGGCGAAGUGCCGUCUUGGUAUGCUCACAACUCGUACAUUCGCACCGGCUACCGACCCGUCACCUAUUCCGCCAAGCGCUGCUUCGACAGCCUUGGGUAUUUGCACAAUGAGUCGCUCAAUAUUUACACUCACCUUGUGCCCGCCGGCAUUGCCGUCGUAGGCAAUUACGGGCUUCAUGUGUACUUUGGCUCUCACUACCCAAAUGCGUCCUGGAAAGACCAGCUGGUGUUUCACAUAUACUUGUCGACGUCGAUUAUCUGCUACGGAAUCUCGUCCAUGUAUCACAUGCUGCUUUGCCAUUCUGAGACGUGGUCGGGGCUUUGGGCGAGGUUGGACUAUGCCGCUAUUGUUUUUCAGAUUUUGGGGGCAUUCAUCUCGGGCAUCUAUAUAGGCUUUUACUGUGAGCCUAAUCUGCAAAGGCUAUAUUGGACGAUGAUUGGAACAUUGGGGCUCUUAACCGGCAUUGUUGUUGUAAGUCCCAGGCUUCAGAAUCCUCAAUGGCGUAUGCUCCGAGUCUUUGCCUUUGUCGGUACGGGCUUGUCUGCUUUUGCGCCUAUUAUACACGCCGCCACCAUCUUUCCGUAUGAUCAGCUGGAUAAGCAAGCUGGCCUUCGUUACUAUUAUCUCGAAGGCAUCUCCAUUCUGACGGGCGUUGUGUUUUACGUUACACAUUUCCCAGAGUCGCGAAUACCUGAGAAAUUCGACAUCUUUGGCGCGUCUCAUCAGAUUUUUCAUUCUUUUGUGGUACUAGGGGGUGUAAUCCAUUUUUACGGCAUUCUGAGCGCUUUCGAUUGGAACUAUAAUAACCCUCGCUGCGGCUUGUAA